CAACCUUUCCGGAGCAGACCGUGAAAGCAGCUCUGAGGGCGGGUCCUGUGAGUUUCGUACGCCCUGAUCACAGCUGCUUCUCCACUAAAGCAAACGGCAAGAACGGGAGCCACAAAAGGGAGCUCCUUGGACUUUUGAAAGCACAGUUUGUACAAGAUGGCUGCAAUCAGGAAGAAGCUGGUGAUAGUUGGAGAUGGUGCAUGUGGGAAAACCUGUCUGCUCAUUGUUUUCAGUAAAGACCAGUUCCCUGAGGUCUACGUCCCUACAGUGUUUGAGAACUACAUAGCUGACAUUGAAGUUGACGGCAAACAGGUGGAGUUGGCGCUUUGGGACACUGCAGGUCAAGAGGACUAUGACAGACUGAGGCCCCUGUCCUACCCCGACACAGAUGUCAUCCUCAUGUGUUUCUCCAUUGACAGUCCUGACAGCUUAGAGAAUAUUCCUGAGAAAUGGACACCUGAAGUAAAACACUUUUGCCCCAAUGUCCCAAUUAUACUUGUUGGUAACAAAAAGGACUUGAGGAAUGAUGAACAUACUCGACGAGAGCUGCAGAAGAUGAAGCAGGAGCCAGUGAAGCCAGAUGAGGGCAGAGACAUGGCCAACCGCAUUAAUGCCUUUGGGUACCUUGAGUGCUCGGCCAAGACCAAGGAUGGGGUUCGGGAAGUGUUCGAGAUGGCCACCAGGGCGGCGCUCCAGGUCCGCAAGCGCAGGGCAAAGAACAUAUGUGAGCUACUCUGAAGGAGCUCUCCUCCUUUGCGCAAGGCACUGUUUGGAUUAUACUGAGGCUUCCUGAACUUUCUUAACUACACGAAUAUGCAGAUAUCCUACAGGAGGGUCUCACCCGUGGUAAUAAGCCCUAAAUCAUGUCUCUGCUUCUUUCCCUGUUGUUUUUUCUGUUUUGACUCACCAGCAUUCCCCUGUGCUUAUGUGAAGAGCCUGAUUGUUGAAUGUUUUUGUAUUUAUGAGUAUAUUUUGUGAGCCCACUGACAACUCUCCCGUUUCUCAGAUUUGUCCAUAAAGGAGCUGAAGCUACAUCAGUAAUUUUUAAGAAAUCGCAUUUUGCAAAGUACUGACGCAGCAGGGCUUUUUUGAGUCUACAUAUUAAGGGUCAAAUUGAAUCUAUUCAUACUCAUUAACCUACAAAACCCUGGGCAGUCACUUGAAUGGCGGCUUGUUUUAUACCAUCAUUUUCCUUCAACAGUAGGAGCUUAAACUGGUUCAUUGUGGCCACAUCUGCACAGACCAGUUAUUAAGGGCCUGCCUAUGUUGUUAUGGCACAUUGCAUUAAUAUGAGCAGGUAAAAUAUUGUCUAAAAUUCCUGACCUAUCACAAUUUAAACAAAAUCAACCCAGCCAGCCAGCCACCACUGCACCUUCAUUUAGUCUUCACUAUAUUUCAUAUUUUGUUUGUACAGGGUAAAAAGCUUGUCCAUGGCAGUGCCUAUAUAUAUUUUGUAUAUUGUUUAACACAGGUGGCAAAAUCUGCAUGGGAUGAGUUGAAUAUUAUUGAGACAGACAAACCUGUAAUAAAGUAUUUUUGAAAUAUC